AUGGCAGAAGAAGAGGGCGGGAUUGUGGCGCAAGCCGCAAGGGGGACGGAGGCUGCUCGACCGAGUGACGGGAAAGGCGGCGAAAUUACGGAACGUAGUUCCGAUCUGGAAACCGUUCCAAACUUGGGCCGGGGGAAUCUAUCAGCCACAGGGGGAUCAGAUGAAGCAGAAGCGUUGCUGAGAAUUCACCCACGGGGUUCGUUGCUUGGAGAGGACGAUGCGGUGGAGAGCGGUACGGAUGAACAAGGUUCCCUGCUUUGGAAGCACGCUCCGUGCGGAAAAGCAACCGCCGCCGCUCAUUCCGGGCCUAUCGGACGACGUCGCGCGGCUCUGCCUCGCGCGCCUUCCGCGCCGCAGCCACCGCUGCGCGCGCGCCGUGUGCCGCUCGUGGGCUCUCUUCUCCGCUCGCAGGAGUUCUUCACCCUCCGCCGCGCGAUAGGGCGACACGAGCAAUGGCUCGUCGUACUCGCGGGGGGAAGAGGCAACCGUCCGUUCCGCUUAGAAGCCUUCGAUCCCUCGCUGCUGCCGCCGCCGUCCGUUCCGUCGCUCGUUAGCCUGCAUCCGAUAAGGUCACACUUCUUAUGGGGUUGCCAGCUGGCGACAGUGGGUCGCGGGCGGUUCGUGCUCGUGAUCGGCGGCGCGGUCGGGACGGACGCGUAUCACACGCAGAACGCGGUGUGGCGGUACGACGGGGUGACGGGGAGAUGGUCCGCCGCGGCGCCUAUGCUGGACGCGCGGAGUAACUUCGCGUGCGGGACGUUUGGGCGGUUCGUGGUCGUCGCGGGAGGGUGGGACGCGAAGCGGGAGCCGUUGCGAUCCGCUGAGGUGUACGACUCUGAGAAGGACACGUGGCACAGGUUGAUUGGUUUGAACCGGAGGCGCGGGCAGUGUUUGGGUACAGUGUUCGGCGGGAAGUUCUUGGUGCUUAGUGGGGUGGAUCGGAUUGCUAAUAACGGGACGACUAUAACGACGACGCUGUCUUGCUGUGAAGCCAUGUCUCUUAGCGAGGAUGGAUUGGAGCGGCUAGGGCUGGGGAGGCGGUUAGAGGAGAGUUGA